AUGGCCAUCCUGCCGGCCUACGAGCGGGGCUGCCGCCACGGCGCGCCGUCGCGGGCGCGCUGCCGCGAGCGGCGCGACACGGCGCGGCGCGUCGAAGCCGUCGAGAAGCUCGGCGAGGCCCUCGACGGCGUGCUCGCCACGGGCGACGCCGUCGACGCGGCGUCGCUCGAGGUCCUGCUGCGGCGCUUCGAGCCCGCCGCGCACCCCGAGGCGCUGCUCGUCGCCCAGGCCAUGACGAUCGACGCCCUCGCGGCCGGGCGGCCCGAGGCCGGGCGCCACUUCGCCGUCGCGCGCGCGAUCAGGCUCGCGCUCGGCGCGUGCGGCGGAAGCGACAAGUUCCGCGCCGCGGCGGCGACGACGGGCCUCGCCGUCGCCGGGUCCGUCGCGGCGCGCUGCGCCGAGGAGUUCGUCGGCGUGCCCUGCGGCUGCCUCGGGCGCCUGCCGCGCCCCGUGCGGCGGCCCUGGGAGCGGGCCAAGUCCGAGGCCGCGCGGCUCUUCGCCGCCGGCCGAUUCGACGACGCGCGCGGCCACUACAUCGCCGCGGCCGACGGGUUGAGCCAGGAGCUGGCGCCGCCGGCGACGGCCGAGGACGGCAGGAACGCCGGCCUCGCGAGCCUCUGCGCGCUCAAGGGCGGCGACGCCGCGGGCGCGCUGGACCUCGCCGCGCGGAGCGUGCAGCUCGCGCCCCACGCCUCCAAGCUCUGGGCGCGGCUGGGCGCCGCGCGCUUCGUCGCCGGGGACGCGGCGGGCGCGGCCCUCGCGUACGAGAACGCGCUGGACCGCGAGGCGGCCGUCGCCGGCGCCGGCUCGAAGGACGCCGCGGUCUUCGCGAAGCUCAAGCGCGACGCCGAAAACGCCGCCGCCGCGGCGCCGGCGGCCGUCGCGCCCGCGCCCGCGGCGCCGCGCGACGCCGCGGCGCUCGUCGACGGCGCGCUCCGCUGCGAGGCCGUGCUGUCCUUCGUGAGCGAGCGGGGCCUCCGGGCGCUCGCGGCGGCGGCGGGGGCGCUCCGGCCCGUCUCGGACCGCGGCCGCCGGGCGCUCCGGUGCCGGGCCAUGCUCCGCUACAGCGUCGGCGUCCACAGGGACGGCAAAUACCUCUCCGUCGCCGACGCCGCGCGCGCCUACGUGCAAUCGGGCGACGCGCAGGCGCUCGCGCCGGCGGUGGCCGCGGCCCUGGACGCCGAGGGCAACGGCGCGGCCUACGCGCCGCUCCUGCUCGCGGCGUGCCCCGGCGACGCGCGCGGCGCCGUCGCGUACGCGGACGCGUGCGCGGCCGAGGCGAACCGGCGCGGCGGCGCCGUCGCGGCGUCGUUCGCCGCGGCGCCCGUCAACGCGUCCGGCGCGGCGCUCACGCAGAGGAACGCGCUCUACCUCGGCGCGCUGCUCCGCUGCGACGCCGUCCCGCGCUUCGACGGCGCCGCGCGCCUCGAGCAGCUGCUCGAGCUGUCGUCGGCGCUGAUGGACCGCGCCUGGGCGGCCGCCGUGGCGAAGCUGGCGCUCGCCGAGGUCGACGACUGCGAGCCGUCGCUGCUCGCCGACGCGCUGCGCCACCUCGUCGUCGCCGGCGGCCUCGCGGGCGAG